AUAUACUGUUGCUAUCAUGGUUGCCCGUGGUUCUGACUCAAGGCGGUUUCAUUGACCCGUGGUCAGUGGUUUGAGGUGAGGGGUGUUGGGUGCGCGGCUCCGGUCAUUAGUGUGUUUGCGCAGGAAGUGGUAGCAGACGCCAGUGGCCGGGCAGGUGAUGUUUGCUCACGUAAGCGGCUCGUGUUUGUGGGGUGCAGGGGACGAGGCUGGAGGGAGUGCGCUGUGGCUUUGCCUAACCGGAUAACCAGAUAACAGCUAUCUUCCGUACUCUUCGUUUUACUGAAAAGUAAUCCGAUUUCUACAUUUCUGAAGGUGGAUCAAAAAGCCCGACCUUGUGUGUGUAUGGCUGUGUGUAUUUGUGCUUUUCUGUUCGCGAAAUCUAACAUUCGUUUUCCGUUAUAGAAAGCCAAUGCGCCCACCCAUGCAAUGACAUUUGCUGGAGAGAGAGGAUAAACUAUAGAGGCUUCAUGCAGAACCUCUGGUUUCGAGUAGAGGGUAAUUUACGAGUCUUGUGUUGCGUUUCAAGAGAAAGUAAUAGGUUUGAAGGAGGAUGCAGCAACCACAUUUUUAACCAUGCAUAACCGGGCCGUUUCCGGUUCUUAGGCUGGUGUGUCCCCAUCUGAAACCGUAUGGGGAAAGCGGCAGACACAGAUGGCAUGGACACUUAUACAAGGUCUGCCGCUCUGCCCUGCUAUCGGAGCCUAUUCGCAGUCUCCCACUUCAACCCCGCUCCGUCAUCCGCGCCCCUCAGCCGCCCCAGCACUGCAGCAACGGAGCCACGGCCGACGGCAUGAGGCUUGAUCCGGUCCAUUUCUCCAUGCUGGUCAUCGGGGUCUCUUUCGCCUGUUACGCCCCGAGUCUCAAUUCCCUCCAGGACCAGGCAUACCGAUCCGCCGUGGUCAUCGAGGGCGAGGUGCGCUCCUCACCGGAAAACGUCUCUCGGGACCCGUACAGUGUGAAUGUCAAAGUGCUAGACGUAUGGCCCGUGAACAGCGGCGGACUCGAGCGGGAGCAGCUCGUGACCGUCGGGGACUUCGGUUCCGAGGCCUCGUGCACUACUGUAGAGGAGAACCAUAGAUAUAUAUUUUUCAUGGACCCAACAGGCGAGCCUUUAGUAUUCAAGGCAUCGUUCGCUCCGCUGGACGCCAGCGGAACGGACCUGAAGAAGGAUGUGGAGAGCGUGUUGUGUGAGGACUGCGCUGCGGCCCCUAAGUUGCGGCCGAUGCGGGGCCAGUCUCUAAUGGAGGGGGAGAGACUGUAUCUCAAGUGUGAGGCGUCAGGGAACCCCAGCCCCUCCUUCCAGUGGUACAAAGAUGGCCGAGAGCUCCAGAGGGGAAAAGACGUCAAAAUCAAGACCAAUAAAAAAAAUUCCAAGGUCCAGAUCAACCGAGCGAGGCUGGAGGAUUCUGGGAACUACACGUGUGUGGUUGAGAACACGCUGGGCCAAGAAAACAGUACAAGCGGCAUCAGCAUCCAGAGCCUGACCACUACUCUGUCUCCGGGCUCGAGUCACGCCCGGCGCUGUAACGACACAGAGAAGUCGUACUGUGUCAACGGUGGAGACUGUUAUUUCAUACACGGUAUAAACCAACUGUCAUGCAAGUGUCCAAAUGACUAUACAGGUGAUCGCUGUCAAAAAUCCGUCAUGGCAGGUUUUUACAAGCAUCUUGGAAUUGAAUUUAUGGAGGCAGAGGAGCUGUACCAGCGACGGGUGUUGACCAUCACAGGCAUCUGUGUGGCACUGUUGGUAGUGGGCAUGGUCUGUGUGGCGGCAUACUGCAAAACCAAGAAGCAGAGGAAGAAGAUGCAUGGCCACCUGAACCAGAACAUGAACCAAAACCAGUGUGUGGAGCAGCCCAACCGCAUGCUGGCUAACGGUCCCAACCACCCUGGGCCAGGCCCUGAGGAGAUCCCCAUGGCCGACUACAUCUCAAAGAACGCUCCUACCACAGAGUGUAGUAUUAUACAGCAUGGACCAGAAGAAUCCGUAAACUUCUCAGGAAGCCGAAUGUCCACCCGAUCCCACCACUCAUCUACAGUCUCCCACAACUCCAGACAUGAGGAGCGGACGUGGAGUAUAGAGAGGACAGACAGUAUGAACUCAGACUUCCAGUCAGGGGCGCUCUCCUCGUCAGUGGGCACCAGUAAAUGCAGCAGUCCGACAUGCAUGGAGGCACGGGCACAGAGGGCCGCCUACUGGGGCUGUUCUGAGGGAGCCAGCCUGCAGUAUGGAGACUCCUACGACUCUCUGAGAGAUUCACCUCACAGCGACAGGUAUGUGUCAGCGUUGACCACGCCAGCCCGUCUGUCACCCGUUGAGUUCCACUACCCCCCGCUGUCCCCCCAGGUGCCCACCUUCCACAUCACCUCUCCCAACACGUGCCACGCCCUCACCCUGCCGCCUGCCGCCGCAGCCUACCACCGGGAGGAUGACCAGCCCCUGCUGAGAUUCCCCCAGGAUGGACUGUUGUACCGACAGCCCCGCCGCCCACGCCAACCCUACCUAACGGAGAGCACGGGCAGCCUUCCGUCCAGCCCCUACCGUCUCCCUGACGACGAGGCCUACGAGACCACGCAGGAGUACGCCUCCUCCCGCGAACCAAUCAGGAGCCGCCGGCGCCCGCGUCGGAACCGCCUCAACGGACACUUCUCCCAGCGUGCAAUGGGCCUACGGGACUACAGCUCUCAGAGCUUCAGCCAAUCAGAAGAGGAGGAGGAGGAAGAGGAAGGGCACGGGGAGAGCACGCCCUUCCUCAGUAUGCAGAACAUGAACAUGGAGCCGUGCGAACGUGGGUGCCGAUCAUCUACUGCCCCUGGCACCACCACUGACAUACGGACUCACCGGGCACAGGGGCGACCAAGCACUCGCAGCAACGGACACAGUAAAUUCCCCCAGUCGCGCUCCUUGACACAUGGCAACACACCCCUUUAAGACCUGUCCACCUUGACCACUGACCUCUAAAUCCUGACCCCAAAACCUUUGACCCACCUAAAGACAACAGUGGAGUAGAGACAUAUUUUUAUUUUGUAUAAGAGACAGAUAUUCUAAACAAAUGAAAUAUUUAUUUUCAUUUUAGCAAAAAUUGUCUACUAGCUAACAGCAAAUACUUUUUUUAUAGGGGAAAAAUAUUUAUAUGUAAAGUUUUUGAUUUACAGCAUUAUGAGAGAGAGAACAAAUUAUUCCGUGCCAAUUCUUUCACGAGUUAGUCAAUAGAAUAAUAUUGUGGUGCCUUUUGCUGUGUGCUGAAGCCAGAGGUCCAGUUGAGUUUUUGUAGCCUUUCUAAUACAGACUCCUCAUUUUAUAGACCUCUUUACUUUGACUUGCUCUCCCUGUUUGAACUGUGAUAUGAUUCUGGCAUCAUGCAAUAUGAGUCACCCCUGUGUAACGGUUUAUGUUUACAUGAGAAUGAUCCACAUACAGUUGUUUUUUUUCACGGGGGACAUUUAUCACAGACGCAACUGGAUGUGGUGUCCUGUCCUGGUACAGGAAGUGGUGCGCUAGUUUUUGAUGAGUCGCUCCAACUAACUUACAUCGGUCAUUCAUGUCAGCAUCCGCCGCCUGUCAUUGUCUGUGUAUUGUUUUAGAGGAAUGCAGGUGAUCCAAGGUACCUUCACAGGUGUUCAGGGUUUUUAAAUGGGCGUGAGUGUGUGUGUGUGUGUGUGUGUGUGUGUGUGUGUGUGUGUGUGUGUGUGUGUGUGUGUGUGUGUGUGUGUGUGUGUGUGUGUGUGUGUGUGUGUGUGUGUGUGUGUGUGCGUGUGCGCGCGCAGGCAUAUGCGUGCUCCAUGAUGAGUUGUAGUCUGAUCGCAGGCACAGCAGGGGAGCCCUGAGUGUGUCCAUUCAGCUAUGAGGGUGUGUUCACUGUUAAACUGACAUACUUAACCGGCCAAUCCUCAUGCUGCCAGAAGCUCCAUUGUACUGUAAAACCUCCAUCCAUGAGCAUUCAUUGGCCAGGGAGCUGCCAAUCCAACCAAUCCUGUCAAUCCAGCCUGAUUCUGGCCUACAUGGACUACCCACCCCCGUUCCUAUGCCAGCAGCUUAACUAAAGCCGCACUGUGUCUCAGGACUUUCACAACCCAUACAGAAAAAAAACUCAAUUUCCCAAGAACCACCAUGGUCCAUAGGCCAGAUCCAUUAUGUCCCUUGUCCUUGUCUGUUUUCAUGUGUGAUGUUGUAGGGAGUUUUGGAAACUCUUUGGAACUUGAAAAAAAAAGUGGAGUUUAAAAAUGAAAGAUGCUGAUAUGUAGUUGAUGUUGAGUCUCUUAGAUGAUUGUUCUAUGACAGUGUAAUGACACGGGUUUAUUCUGUGAUGUUGUUGACGACGGCAUUGGCUAGUAGUGAUGAUGGCACUGGAUUGCUGAGUGCUGUGGCAAGUCACAAAGGUUCAUUCUUGCGAAGUCUCUCCUACGUUGACUGACGGACUGCAGUGUGUUUGAGUCUGUUCGGUUUGUCUUUUUUUCAUCAUAGCCAACAGACUGUUCUAUCGAUUAUUGCAUCCUUUGUUGCAUUCCUAUACCUUUAUUAUUAGCAUAAUAAUGUGCUUGGCCACAUUGACUGAAUGAUCUGAUAUGUGUCUGUCUCUGUCCGACCCCCCCCCAAUCUUGACGAUGACAUCAUAGAGUAUAACAUAACCUAUUAUCAUGGGACAUGUUACACCUACACAGGACAACAGCUUGCCCACUACGCUAUGGGUUACAGGCAUUCCUCAGAAAGGGUUCACCUCAGAAAUAUUAUGAGAUUUAAUGGGCUGAGAGUCCCGAGAGUGUCCUGCUCCUCUACCUACUGGAAAAAGGAGUUGGUUUUAAAUGAAAACAUAAAUGUGCCCCUUUACCGGUCGAGUCUCACAGGAGAUGCAUGCAUCACACAAAAACACAUAAUUACCUUUAAAUAAAAGACCAACUCCUUAGAUGAAUUCAGAGGAUCAUUGUGGAAUAUCACUUAUUACAGAGACAUUCAUGUUUAUUUCAUGGCCCAAAGUUCUGGCUAGUUUGUCUUAGUAACACUGUAUUCAAUCUGAGAUUUGCAAUGUGGGAUACUGCCAGUGAGGGUAGUGUGCUUCUAGUGGUAGUUGAAAUGUAAAAUCCCCCUUACCUCCUUCCCUUGCAACCAAUCUUUCCUACCUUCCAUAUUUACUCACUCACUCACUCACUCACUCAAUCUCUCUCUCUCUCACACACACACACACACACACACACACACACACACACACACACACACACACACACACACACACACACACACACACACACACACACACACACACACACACACACACACACACACAACCAUUGUUUGUGUUUGUCCAGCAGUUGUCCUCGUCUCCUUGACGCCCCCUCCCUCCCACUCCUCCCCCAAUCCUCUCACCCCACCCCCCUGCAUGUCCUAGCGGUCCAGGUAGUCGGGUGCAUGGAAAAAGCAGCAAGGAAAUCAUUUUCCACUCAGUGAAGUGUCUUCAUUUUAACAUUCAGCAAUAAAUCCCCUUUUCUCAUGUCUCCAUCCUUGGGAUAUGCUAGAAGUUUUUUGCAAGUUUUAUCAAAACAUACUUGUAAAAAAGAAAAAGAAAAAUCCAAACCACCUCUUCAUAUGAAAAUAAAUCUUUA